AUGAAACAAAUUUUCCGUCCUCGCAAUCUCCUGUUCGCCACAGCAAUUUUGGGAGGUGGCUUGUUUUCCGUUAACGCCAUACUCAAGAGCAAGCAUAAUUUGUAUGAAGAGAGCGGUAAUAGCUUAUUAAAAGCGUUUGACAGAAAAGCCUUGUUUGAGCAUCAAGCCACGGAACAAUUAGGCUUACCAAGAGAUUCCGACGGUCAAGUCAUUCUGCACACAGACAGAGCAGAGAAUAUGAAAAUACUGGAAAAUCAAUCACCAGAAAAUGAAUUUGAUGUGAUUAUUGUGGGCGGAGGCUCUGUUGGAGCUUCUGCUGCUCUUGACGCUUGCACGCGAGGAAUGAGGGUGGUGGUUUUGGAGAGAAAUGAUUUUGCAAGCGGAACGUCGUCACGUGCCACCAAGAUGGCACAUGGAGGUGUAAGAUACUUGGAGAAAGCUGUCAUGAACUUGGAUUGGAACGAACUAAUGCUAGUUUAUGAAUGUUUGAGGGAAAGAAAGCAUUUCUUUCAAGUGGCACCACAUUUAUCAUCUCCACUAAAAUUAUUGACGCCUUGUUAUUCAUUAUACGACUCUCUAAGAAUGUAUAUAGGAUUGACGUUGUAUGAUUUGUUGAGUGGAUCUGAAGCAAGACUUGGUUAUUCUGGAUGGGUUUCAAAGGCAGCAUCAUUACAAUUGUGGCCAAGCCUCAAAAAGGAAGGCCUUUAUGGAUGUAUGUCAUAUGUUGACGGAGUGUUUAACGACUCGAGAGUGAAUAUUAGUACAAUUCUCACAGCAAAUGCUUUGGGCGCUUUAACAUUGAACUAUAUGGAUGUUGUUGAUUUGAUUAAGUCAGAUGAAAAUAAGAAAAUUGUUGGUGUAAAAGUGAGAGACAGAAUUAAUGGAAAAGAAUACUCAAUCAAGGGCAAAUGUGUUGUUAAUGCAACUGGACCAUUUGUUGAUCAGUUAAGGAAAAUGGACGAUCCUAAUUGUAUUCCCAUAAUUUCUCCAUCAACAGGAACACACAUCACCUUGGAUCUCGAUAAAUUCACAUCAGGAAUUGGAAAAAAGAUGGGCGUACUAUUUCCAAAAACAUCAGACGGAAGAGUGCUGUAUUUAGUGCCAUGGGAAGGAAAAUUAAUUGCAGGUACGACUGACACACCAACCACAUUAACAGAAAGACCAACUCCAACAAGUACUGACAUUGAAUUUAUACUUAGUACCAUGAGAACAUGUUUGACUGUUCCUCUUUCUACAGCAGAUAUCACUUCAAGUUGGACAGGAAUUCGACCACUUGUUAAGCCAGUAGCUGUUGCCUUUGAAUCAACAAAAACUCUUUCCAGAGACCAUCAUAUUGAAACAAGUUCGAGUAAUUUGAUCACUGUUGCAGGUGGAAAAUGGACGAGUUUUAGGAAAAUUGGAGAGGACACCAUUGACACUGUCAUUUCAGUGCGCCCAGAUUUAGUUGGAUUGUUAGCCAAACCUAUUUCAAGAACUUAUUAUACACCUCUAAUUGGUGCCUCUUAUCAAUGGGAAGCCAUAAAGAACAUCAAACAAAGUCCUUCAGCAAAUGUGAGUGAUGAUUCAUGGGAACAUUUGAAACAUUUUUAUGGAGACAGAGCUCCAUAUAUUGUUGAAAUUUCUGAAAAGAAUGGUCUCACUCAACGUCUCUCAUCCAAAUAUCCCUAUAUUGAGGGUGAAGUUUUAUAUCAAGCCAAGCAUGAAAUGGCAGUGAAACCCUCUGAUAUCAUUGCCUACAGACUCAGUCUCAUGUUUGUCGAUCGAAAUGAAUCCAAACAAGUAGCCAAAAGAAUUGUGGAAAUUAUGGGAGAUUAUCAUCAAUGGAAUGACGAUAUGAGAAGAACGCAACUGGAAGAAACACUCUCUUACAUUGAUGCUUGCACGAAAUAA